AUGGAGACGAUUGACUGUGUCGUGGCUGGCGCCGGAUGGUACGGACUGGCCGCCGCGAAGCAAUACCGCAUCGUCCACCCAGAUGACUCUCUCGUGGUAUUUGAUCCUCAGUCCAGCGUCGGCGGUACAUGGGCCGACGAGCGAUUGUAUCCAGAUGUGAAGAGCAACAACCUCUUGGGGACGUACGAGUAUCCGGAUUUCCCCAUGGAUCCCAGCAAAUUCCAAGUAAAGCCUGAACAAUACAUUCCCGGAGAGGUCACCAAUGCAUAUCUCAAGGCCUACGUGGACAAUUUCAACCUCGGAGGCUUAAUUCGUCUUCAAACCAAGAUCACCGUCGCUGAACACAACGAUACUCCAGAAGGCGGCUGGACCCUGACCAUUGUCAACCACGAAGGUCAAGAGUCCAAGGUCUUUGCCAAGCGCCUCAUUGUCGCCACCGGUCUAACUUCAAGGCCCUUCAUGCCUCACUUUGACGGCCAGGAAGAUUUCGGAGGCAAGAUUUUCCACAGCAAAUUCUUUAAACAGAACCGAGACACCCUCAAGACUUCCAAAGCAGUCACUGUAUUUGGAGGAACAAAGUUUGGCUGGGAUGCCGCUUACAGCUACGCUACCGCCGGCGUGGAAGUGAAUUGGGUCAUUAGAUCAACUGGCCACGGUCCCUGUUGGAUGGCCCCAUCGUAUGUAACUCCAUUCAAGAAAUGGAUUGAGAAGCUUGCGAAUAUGCGCUUCCUCACAUGGUUCAGUCCCUGUGUCUACAGCGGUGCUGCUGGCUACACCGGUAUCCAGCGCUUCCUCCACGGCACUUUUAUCGGCCGCCUCAUCGUGAAUGCCUUCUGGGCAGUCCUCGGUGGCGAUGUCAUGAGUCUCAAUGCAUAUGAUUCGCAUCCUGAGAUGGCGAAGCUGAAGCCAUGGACCCCAGCCAUGUUCACCGCAGCCAGCUUCAGCAUUCUCAACUACGACACCGACUUUUUCGAGCUCGUCCGGAACGGCAAGAUCAAGAUUCACCUCGGCGAGAUUGAUCACCUGAGUCCCGGCUGGAUCGGCUCCCCCCCUAUCAAGUUUCUUCCUGAAGGUAUCGAAAAGGAACUUGGGAUGCCGCAUGAAAUCGACACAGAGGCUCCCCCAGAGGAUCUCGCCAACCAGCAGGAUCUCAUCAGACGCGCCGACAAGGAAAUCGUGAAGCGCUUCCCCAGACUCGCAGACCAACCCGUCUGGAACAAAAACUACAUCCCCCUAACCAAGCAAAAGGGCAUCUCCAGCAACGAGUCCAUGACGCCAUAUACCCCUCAAACUCCCUUCAUGCUGUACCACUUCCUCGUACCACCAUCGGAACGCUUCCUCCGACCUCGCGACAUCGCCUUCUGCGGCUUCGUCAGCAACUUCAGCAACACACUAACCGCACACCUCCAGGGCCUCUGGAUCGGUGCGUAUUUCCGGCGUCUUCUCGUCAACGAUCCAUCCCAAGCCGUCGACGACAAAGACGCCAUGGCCAAGCUGCGAUAUGAGACGAUGCUUCACAAUCGCUUUGGCAAGUGGCGCUACCCUGCUGAAACAAAGUCCCCGACCACCAUCUUCGACGCCGUGUACUAUCUCGACCUGCUGCAGAAGGACCUCGGCCUAAAUCCCCUUCGCAAACCGAAGGGGCUGCUCACCGAGAUAACGAGCCCCUACGGUGCAGAGGACUAUCGGGACGUGAACGAGGAAUGGCAGAGCAAAUUUGGCAGCGUCACGGCCGCAUAA